AGUAUUCACCGUUGUCGCUAGUUGGGCAGAUCGAUUUAUCGCUGAUUCUGAUCUGCCAAAGUCGUGAGAUUCGCGCAAGACUUUUUUCUAUUGCCGAACAGUGCCUACUAUGAUGUAUUCGAGACUACUGUGCGGCAAAGGGACUUUUUUCACCCUUUUUAUCUUGGCGGGGGUUCUUGCUACAGAAAUAGCAGCAUACAGAGACGCUUCGUGUCCUAGAAUAUGCAAAGAAAACGCUUACGGAGAUCCAGUUUGUGGAAGUGACGGAAUCAUAUAUCCAAAUAUUUGCGAACUUAAGAAAAAAACAUGCGGCAAAGGUGUAACAUUAUCUUCGGACCCAAAUUUGUGUAAGAGAUCGAGUGGAUCGAAGUGUGACCACAGGUGCGGAGGUGAAAAGGAUCUUGUAUGCGGCACAGAUGGCCGAACGUACAGCAAUCGGUGUAUGUUACAAGUUGAAAUUUGCAGAUUAGGUAUUGGUCUAUCACAUCUUGGUGCAUGUAAUAACAUCAGUGCGCAUAGAGAAAAUUGUCCAGUAGAUUGUAAGCAAGCACCUAUGGAUGGACCCGUAUGCGGCAGUGAUGGAAACGUCUACAAGAACACGUGCCAGAUGAAAAUACUUACUUGCGGUCAAGGAGUAGUGAGAACGAAUAAAAAAUAUUGUCAAACAACACGGCAUUGUCGAGAAUCCUGUUGGAGGAACGCCAAACCUGCUUGUGGCUCAGAUGGGAAACUAUAUGCGAACGUUUGUAGAAUGAAAGCGAAAAAUUGUGGAAAGCAUGUAUUUGAAGUUCCCAUGGCGUAUUGCGUGAGUCAAGAACGUACUUCACAAGGAGGAUCGUGUCCAACUAGCUGCAAAAGUGAAAUAGAAAAACCCACUUGUGGAUCUGAUGGUUUUGUUUAUAGAAGUGAAUGCGAAUUGAAAUUACUAAAUUGCGGCAAUAACAGACGUGUCGUAAAAGUCGAUUACGAAAAAUGUCGUAACAAAGUGGCCAAAUGUAUGAAGAUAAAAUGCUCCAACGAAUACGAUCCAGUAUGCGGAACAGACGCGCGAGUUUAUACAAAUCAAUGUCAACUAAAUUUAGCGACAUGUUUGAAAGGAGUUCAAUUCGCGCACAUAGGAAACUGUACAAAGUUAAAAGAAGAAGAACAGUGUCCGCAAAAUUGUAGUCAAGAAAUUGAGGAACCUGUCUGCGGAUCGGACGGAAAUGUCUACAAGUCACUGUGCCAUCUUAAAAAAGAAACUUGUGGGCAACUGGUAAUUCAAGUUCCAUCGCAGCAUUGCCGUACUACCGCUGCUUGUAAUGAACAAUGUGGAGAUGAUAAAAACUUCGUAUGCGGUUCAGACAACAGAGUUUAUAAGCACGAAUGUGAAAUGAGGCGAAACAAUUGCGGGAAACACAUCUAUGUAGUGCCAAUGAAACGUUGUAUCGCCGGUUUCCAAUUCAAAGGCUGUCAAAAAAUUUGCCCGACGUAUUACGAUCCAGUUUGCGGUACCGAUAACAAGACCUAUAGUAACACGUGCUUCUUGGAAAUAGAAAAUUGUCGAUCAAGGUCGCUGGUUACUUUGAAAAAUAUGGGAACUUGCGCUGAACCUUUGAACGAAAUACCCAAAAAUUAUCUCUACUAAUAUCCCAUAAAAUUCCAAGUGGUUAUAUUUAUAUUAAGAAAAUUGUUUAUAACUGCAUGUACCUAGUUACAUAAUUUGUAUACUGUGCUGUAUACCAGGGGUUUUCGUUGCUAAUAAAUAAUACUCGUAGUGUUUUUCAGAAUAAAUAUGCUUCUAAAAAUUCUUAUUUAGUUUCUUUUAUAUUUUUUUAAGACAGAUGAAAAUUUGACGUUAUUCUUUAUCAGAUUAAUUUAUUAAUAAAUAAAUGAAAGGUCAUUAAUACGAUAAAAAAUAUAAAACUUUUUUAACGAACUACGAAAUAUCAAAAAAACAUAAAUUAAUUACAAAGAUUCAAAACGGAAAAGAGAAUUUUUAGAAAUGGUUCAUUUUCGUAAGAAAAAAAAAUCUAUGAAUGAUAAAAAAGACUUAAAUAAGACUGAUACGUAUUUGAGAUGUGAAAACUAAGGAAACAUCAAUUUUUUUUAUUUUUAUUUUGAUAUAUAUGAUGUAGGUGAUCUAUCAUACAUAUUCUUGGCUCGGCUCCUUCGUCGCCUUGUCCAUAAACAUUUAUCUCGUAUCGUACUAAAACACUUAUAACUAACUUGACAUUUUGACAAACCUUCGGCGUACAACUGACGUUUUAACCUUAAAUUGUUAAGUUAAAUGACGUCAUUUUUAGACGUCAGUUAUAUCUUGCACAACAACAACAAAAUAUGAACUAUCUAUGAACGAGGUCAACCAGCAACGACUACCACUACCAUUACCAUCACACUUGGACUAUUAAUUAACAAUUUUUUUCAUUACAAUGAAAAAAUGAUGUCUUAUAAACGUAUUUUCGAAUUGACGUAUUAACGACUUCAAAUCGACGACUGCUUGCUAGCUGGGAUUUGUCAGUGUCAAUAUCAUAUUUUGAUAAAGACUAAAAGAAGUCGAAACGUCAAAUUUUUAUCUGCCUUUAAAAAAUUAUAGAAAAAAAAAUAAUUUUUAAUCAAAAGAUACCUAAAAUCAAGAACAUUUAGAAGCAUGAACAUUAGUCUAAGCAAUUAAAGAAAUUUACAUAUACAUAUUUAUAUGGAAUUAUUAGAUAACAAUUAAUCAUUUAGGUAAGAAAAAAAUAAAACAAUUAAAAAUUUACCUACAACCCUAACUUGUACUUCAAUAACAAAAAAAGCAAUGAAAGCGCUGGCUUUGCAUAGUAUUAGAUUAUUUGUAUAAAUUUGGUUCGUUCAAAACAUGUUUCAAGUUCAAAAUUCUAAAUUGUAAAUUGGACUUUACUUUUAAUUAUAUUCAUGCAAAGAAGCUUGCUCGCACGAACAUGUCGAUCCGAGCAUAGUCAACGCUUAAUGCGUCGAAUAUAAGAGCCUCAACUCGCGGCGUUUCUUUCAGAGUUUCUACUUUCGUUGCGUUACGUACAUACAUUUCUGGACCUAUUCUAACUUGCUUUUCCGCUCCACAAAACUUUACGUUUUAAAUCGAUCAAUUGUAUUUCUAGAAAUCCAGUUUCAUUUCCAAAUGACUCGAUGUCGAUUUCUUAUUUUGAAGUCUAUAAUUUAUCAUUUAUUUUUGCUAAAAUCUUAUUACGGAAUAGGAUUAUGGGGAUGUGCCAACAAAUCUAGUAUUGCUCUCAUACAACGAGAACUAUCUAAAAUCCUUCGACUACUAGUCAAUGCACGAUGGUACUUCACAAACAAAUUGAUCCAUCAAGACCUCCGUAUUCGAAUAAUACAAGAGACAGUACAAGAAAGAAGCCCUAACCUAAAGAUGGACAGUCAUCCUGAAACGAAGCUGGCCAAUGGAAUUCAAAUAAAGUGCAAGAGAUCUUCUCACUGGAGAAGCUCAUCGGAAUAUUCCCAAAUGCAACCUGCAGGUCCAUAACCAACAAAUAGCUGGUGAAUAGUACAAAAAAAAUGACAUAUCAGUAGCAAGUGGUAAAGCAGAUGAAAGUUGAAUAUCUUCCAGUAACAAAUAUGAUAUUGUUUUAGCGGAUAAUGGCAAAUAUUUGAUGUUUUCCAGGAUUUGUGGUUUGUUUUUUAAAUGACGAAACAGUUCUUCAGAUCCACGUUUGACGCAAUCAUUGAUGUGCGUCACUGGCAAAAAAAGCAAGCCACUGAAAAAUACAAUUUUUAAAUAUUUUUUUGUCAUAUAAAUUCAAAUAUAUAUGCGUAUGAAAUUAAAAAGCUGCAGCUUCACGUCCAAAGAGAUGCAUGUGACUCGUGAUCUGCAGGUUGCCGACUCCUGAGAAUGCAUGAAAAUGAGACUUAAAUUAAGUAUAAUUAUUAUAGAGGUCGCUCCACUGUUAUAAUGUUCCAUUUCUAUAAAAUGUGUGUUUUUUAUACAAUUCUUGAAGAAUUUCAGUAUCUAAAUAUAAAGAAUUUGAGUCAAUUUUUGUUAUCAAUUAAUCUCAAAGUAACCGUACGAAUAAAUAUAAUUUCUAAACAGAAGCUAUAUAAAGCGAAUGGGCUCAAUACGUUCCUAUAUUUAUAUCACCAACACAUCGAUCAGAGUUGCCAAUUAUGUAAACCGAAAAAAGGAAACAUCGUCCAGUACUAAAAACAGUUCUUAUUUCAAUAACAUCUACAUAAUUGUUUAUUAAAAAUUUAAUCACGUGUAUUUUGUAACAUAAAUAGUGAAAUAUGGAUGUAAUUUUCUAAACCGUGUUUUAUUUAAUCCAAAAAUUCGUGAAAACACCGAAAAUUGCUGUCAUUGGAAGUAACACACUGCUCUGACUGUAGCCCAAUGUUAUCGGAGUUGAAAAGUUUUCUUUGAUAUGAAUAAGUUUGUUUUGGACUAUUUGUUUAAAGGUUAACCAAAUCUUACCACGUUGCAUUACAAAUUUCUUUAUUUAUUAAUGAAGACAAAACUGUUAAUAAAUAAAAGAUUCACGGUACACAAUAUGUUAAAAAAGAGGGAAAUACUACUAAAUAUAAUAGUUGCGUUGUGCACUGGCUCACAAGAAUCAGUUUGUACAAACUUGGUGAAAUUUGUGUCAAAUGUUGACACAUAUCUCAAAUUAUGCUAUUGGAAAGCAAUUAUCGAGUCCUAUCUCAUACGUUCACUAUUAUAUGGUAUCUGGCAUUUAAAAUAACUAAGUACCGGGAUGAUUCAAAAUGAAUGAUAUUUAAUCUUUGGUGAUUCAACCUUAGACAUAAUAAAUGACCAUCUAAACGUAAUUAUUAUUUCUAUUACAACAUUUUUUUUUGUACUAAAUCAUGCUUUAUAUUGUUCUUGUUUUGUGCCAAUUUUACUUCUAUGGUAGAUUUUUAUAAAUAGUUUUAUAUUUACUUAGAUUAAACAAAUUGUAUUUAUUCUAGAUGCAUUAAUUUAUACAGUAUAGAUUUUUUUAUAUCGAGCAUUUAUCAAAUGAGCUGUGUUUUUAAGCCUUAGGUAUUAUUUUGAAAAUAAUGUAAUUGACGAAUAAACACGACGUUUUUCUGA